AGGCGCCGGGCGGCCGCCGCGCCCCGCGCCGGCGGGUAGCGGGGCAGCGAUGGCGGAGCCGUUGGCCAUCGAAGGGCACAGGAAGCUUGAGGCCGCGCAGCAGGAGCUCUUCGAUGCCUUCAGCGCUUGCUACAAGAAGGUCAAUGGGCGCCUCACAGAAGGUUGGCAGCCUCAUGAGAUGAUCAUGCUUUGCAACGACGCGUGCUUCUUCGACCUCGUUGAGGCUAUACGCGAGGAGAUCGAGCAUCUCACAGGCACCGCGGCGGCGCCAGGGGAGCAGACCGAGCCAGUUUCCGACGUCUCGGGCGUCCUGGCGCUGAUCCAGGCCCGCGAUAUGUACCUCGAGGUGGAGUUCGACCUGAAUGCAGAGACGCUCUCCGACCCCCUGUUCCGCACGCAGGUCCUGGGGGAGCUCCUCGUGGAUCUGCAGUCGUGCCGGAUCGAGCAGCGGAAGUUCUGCACCACGGACCUGCGCCUGGAGCUCACCGACAAGAUCGGACAGGAGGCGAGGCCCCUGAUCAGCGAAAUCGCCCAGGC